UUAUAGCUGAAAUUUUAGAGGAAAAUGUUGUUCACUCUUUUUUGUACCUGCGCGCUUCCCGUUCCCGAGUUUUUCAAACACGGAAGUGGCGCGACUGCUUGUUUCCGGUUUGCUUCCGGUAUUGAAUCGUCUCUGGCGAUAGCGUCCUCUGUCCCGUCGCUGUCAUGCAGAGACUAAAGAUCAUUUCUGGACACCUGUGUCCCCGCGGCUCCGCGGAGUACCGGCGGGACAUACGGGGGACCGAGUGCGGGUCAGCGCGGAGCUCCGCGGACGACGUGGUUGUGGUCCACGGACGCAGGACGGCCAUCGGGAAGGCCAAGAGAGGAGCGUUUAAGGAAACCAAACCCGACGAGCUGCUCAGCGCCGUGAUGUCCGCUGUGUUGACAGAUGUCGGACUGUCCCCUCACAAGCUGGGGGACGUCUGCGUGGGUAACGUGCUGCAGCCUGGAGCCGGCGCCCUCAUGGCCAGAGUCGCCCACUUCCUCAGCGGAUUUCCAGAGACGGUUCCCGUCUACACCGUCAACAGGCAGUGCUCCUCCGGCCUGCAGGCCCUCUUCAACGUAGCAGGAGCCAUCCGGAGCAGAUCCAUCGACCUGGGCCUCGCCUGCGGGUGGGUUAGUCCUCCACGUGCGGUAGCCUAAGAGGAGAGGAUUUAUCUGGAGGCAAAACCAUCCACAGGCUCUGGACUGGUUGUGUUUCUUUAAGAUGUUUCCUCCUCCUCCUUCAGAUCUAAAUGACCUUUGGAGAGUUGAGGCUUUUAUCUGUGGGUGGUGUCACAUGACUAGAGUCUGUCAGAGUCUGAUGUAGCAGAUCAUUAAGUAGAUUUGUUGUAAAUGUUUUACUUCUGACUCAGGGAUGCUAAUAUUAGCACCGUGCUGCUAAUGUUGUCAAAUAAGGAGAAGACAAACAAGUUUGACGUAUUUGUCUUCGGGAGAUGAUCCGUAU